AUGGAUACGUUCCGUGAUGCUCCUGCUGAACCUCCAAGUGCCACGCUGAUGUCGCCUUCCCAGAGCAAGAUUGCUGAUAUUGAUGUUGAUGAGUUUUUCCAACAAGAUGAUUUUAAUCUAACUGAAGUUGAUUCCAUGAUGGCCUUAACAAUACUAAACUAUUUGAUUCGUUUGCUCGUGAUACGGUGUCAAGAUGAAUGUGAAAGCCCAGUUGAUGCUUUAAGUGACCUCCCCAGUCCGCCAUUAGGACCUGAAGAGAUUGAUGAUUGUCCAUUAUCACCACGCAAAACAAACUCCCGUUCUUCAGAUAGUCAAGGUGAAACUCAGUUUCUGGAGAAUACUCCAGAUGUUAAUGAAUCAAACAAGAAUCCUACUUCAAAGCUUAUGCAAAAUAAGAUCCUUGCAAAAAGAUUUUCUUUGAAAUCAAAUCCUCCAGUUACUGUUGAAGAAUAUUUGGAAAGAAUCAAUCAAUACUGUGGUCUAUCUACUGCUGUUUACCUUACAACAUCACUUUACCUAUUUAAGCUUGUCCGGAGAAACGAAGUUUUAAAACUAAAUGAUUUGAAUAUCCACAGAAUAUUGAUCGCUGCUUUGAGGAUAAGUUGUAAAACAGUGGAAGAUAUGAAUCAUAGACAAACAUUCAUUGCAAAGAUAGGUGGUGUCAAUAAUAAAGAUCUACUUUCAUUAGAAAUUUCAUUUUUGUUUUUAUUAAAGUUUGAAUGUCAAGCUAAUGAAACAAUUUUAACAACUUUUUUACGUGAUAUGAAAAUUUUGCAUCAAGAAUCAAAAUGA